UUUCAACGCCUUCCUCAUCCUUAAACACCAUAAACCAGGAAGCCAACACUUUACCACUCGAUGAGGAACAUUCAACUGAAGCCUCAUUACCAGACUCUUCUCCUGAACCUGUUCCAGAUGAAGACAUGACCUCACUGAACGCAAGUGAGUUUUGUAAGUUCCUCAGAGGUCCCACCCCUCAUCGCCACUACCUCCACCCUGCCACAGACUACCCCGGAGGAAGGUGGGCAUCCAGAACUCCAUAUAAGCUCGAGCACAGCAGCACCUAUGAACUCGACAGUGACACCAAGUGAUGCCUCAACCACAGAGACAGAAAUUCACACAAUAUCAACUUUGCCACACUCCACGUCGACUGAACCCAGCCCAUCUUCGUCAGGACCUGUCAGUACUACAGUUACUGCUGACAGUUCUGGUGGUUGUUUUGGUGAAGCAGAAGUGAACACGGUGCUAGUGGUGGCUGUGGUGGUGGCAGUCAACGUGCUCUCCGUGGUGGUAACAGCUGUGUGUGUCCACCGCAUCGUGUCCCGUCGGCUCUCAUGGGACCCCCCGCCUGUACACUACAACCGUUCAAAGCGAGCUGAGCAGGCUAGGCAGGGCGGUCCCCGCUCAGGACUGGACCUCGCCUCCGACACUGACUGUAAGGCUGGCGAGGGAGAAGGAGCACCUGCCACCAACAUCCCCAUCAUCAUCACCAAUGAGGAUGGCUGGUGUGUCCCCUACAGUGAACAGGACCAGAAGAAGAAAAAGGGAAGUCCUGCCACAGAGGAUACUGGUGUGUGAGGUGACAAUAACCGCUGUGGACAGACACAGUAUUGGGUUAAUGAUGUUGGUAAAUGUUACUCAAUGAUGCUGGUUUGUGUAUGGUGACUAAUAUUGACGCUUAAGGAAAUAUACAUCAGUGUAAGAACCAUUAACUAAGGUAUGAGAAAAUUACGUUGAAGUAAUAGUUCACUGGUGAAUAAUUGUGUGAUAACCAUAAGAGUUGUUGUUAAGAGAAGAAGAAAUUGGAGAAUAAUGUGUGUGUGUCUGACAGGAUCAUAGAAAGUUAAGGAUAGGAAAAAGGAACGAGGCAGGUAGAGAUGGGGAUGUAAACAAUUAAUACAAGAAAGAGGAAACCAGCAUCAUCAUAUUUAGUCUGGGGGUGGGCAGCGUGGCAGGGGAUGUCCUCUCUUUUGGGAAGGAAGCCGGCCUUCUAUACAAGCUUUUGAGUUUUAUCUAUUAACAUUUAAAGUGUUUUUGUUUUUUUUAACCCUAAGGCUUCGGGUCACGUCAUGUGACAUGCAUCUGUAGAGCUUCAGGUCACGUCAUAAAACAUUUUGGUCUUUCGCGAGCCAAUUUGAAUAAAAAGGGUGGGCCUGGCUAGAUUAUGUUACCAAUUAGAUAUUCACCACUCACACAUGAGAGUCUUCCAGUCUCUUCUCAGUAGUUUCUACCCCCAACCCCCAAGGACAUGUCUAGUAUCGUGAUCAAUUACUGAAGCAGUAAUAAUUGUUGUGAAUAAUGUAAAUAGUAAUAACAGUAAAACAAAUGUCCUGUUCCUCAUACUGCCUACACAUUAGUGUUGUUUACCCUGUACUGUUGCGUCGCGCACACGCCAACUUUACGAACAUUCUCGACUCUUCCUAGCCCCUGUGUUGUUAUCCUGUGGUAAAGACAUGUAUUUAUAUCCUGUUUUAUAUCAUGCAUGGCCAGUUUGUAAUACAGUUAUAUUGCCUCUAUUACAUUUUAUUUCCUACAUUUUCAGUGUCCUCCCCUCUUAGCAAAUUUAGUGUCCCUGCAUUUCAUUGUCUCUUCUACAUGUUUCAGUGUUUUCAUCUUCCCUUGCAACUUAGUGUCCUCUCAGGAAAUGUAAAUGUUUACAUCUUCCUCCCUCUCAGCAGUUAGUGUUAUCCCCAGACAUUCCAACCUUUACAUCACCCCUCCACUAGCCUGUACAUCCUAUGCUUUUCUCUCAUCAAUAUUUUCAGGCCUUCCCCUUCAUUAUCCGGGUUUGUAUGUUCAGCCUAACAACACCUGGGUAGUGAAUAUUGUAUGGUGUCCUCCAUCCCCUCCCUGAUAUUCAUAAGGAGCAGGUUUUCCUCUGCAUCAGUUGGACCGUGACCUAUGUCUCCUGUAGCAGAUAUUGUGUCGAGGUAAACCUGAGACACCACAGCUCAUAAAUAUUUUGAGCAAAAUUUUUAUUUUCACAUCAGUGAAGUAGAUAAACUAUCUGAACCUUCAAACUUCAUCACAGUCUUAGGUAAAAUUACCAGCCUGUAAUGUAAUAAUUACUGCCAGGUCGAUGAGGUUUCCAUUUCUUUCACUCAAAAUUAUAGUAUAGACACUUAAUUUAGUGUCAGUUGUCAUACCAAGUAGUUUAUGCAAGUUAGAACUAUCUUAUUGUAAUGUGAAAACAAUGAAAAUAAGUUUAAUGCUGUAUCAAAGAUAUGGGUAUCACCUUACUAACCCAUCAACUUCACUGUAGGUUAAUAGUUUUUAAACCUUCAGAUCAUUAAUGUAUAUGAUAGGAGUUCUUGAGGUGGGUUACUUGGUCGUCAAGAUAGAAUGAUUAAUUGUAGACAAAACUCCAAAGAUUACACUUACAGGACAAGACAAACAUGAUGAUUGGGACUACUGUUUUAGAUCAAGAUUAAAAGUUUAGCUAACACUGCUCUCUCAGCCACGUCCCUCCACCAGCAGCCUCCACCCAUAGUCUGAUGUUGUGUACUGACUCCCUCUUACCCACAUCCUUCCAUCUGGACAUCUGUCUUCCAUGAUCUUCCCUUCUGAUUAACUCAUUCCAGGCUCCUUUAGUCACCCCCCCCACCGCUUCCCCUCCUCUCAUUGUACCACAUGGCUAAACUGUCUCAAUCUUGCCUUUCUCAUGUUACUGCCUAUAAGUCUCACUCCUCUUCUUUCUCUGUUCUCUUAAUUCCUCAUCCUCUUCGCAGUUCUUUCACAUAUUCUAUUUUUUCCCCUCAGUACUCAUAUCUUUGCUCUGUGAAUCAGGUUCCAGUUGAGUGGUCACUAAAUUGGGCUAAUCUAUCUUUAUACAUAUGGUCGCUUUAUUCGUGAAGUAUUGUUACCUUUGUUGCAUUGUCUUAAAUAUUCAGAUUUUAGAUAUUAAACAGCUCUUCCUUGACCAAUACUCAACCCGUUAACAAUCGUCCGAAUGAAUCUCCUCAUUGUUGAGUUACUUUAUUCACAGUAAUAUUCUUGACCUUUGACCCAGAAUAGGGAAUUUUUUGCUUAAUUUUAGAUUAAUCUUAGUUUUAGGUCUCAGCAUUCCAGCCAUAAGUUGCCCAGAGAAACACAGCAAUAACACUGCAGGAGGUGCUGUUUAGUCCUGCUGUGUUCCUCUCAGAAAUUUGAAUCAGAAUUAAACUUCAGAAUCUUUUUUUUUAAAUUAGUAUUUUUAGAGGGAAAUAACUUAAAAACAUUAAAAUGAGAGUUUAUACAGAAAUGAAUUAAUACCGCUUUUGUUAGUUUUGAGUGACGCCUGGCCUGACAUACAGUACCUAUCUUGAGGCCACAGUUGUGACUUAUUUUACUAAAACUGCAUUCUGAUCUUUACGAAGAUAAGUGCAGUAAAACUUCCCUUAGUCGGAUUAUACUGUAGUGUAUGUAUAUGGAUUAAGCCAAUCUGACUUUACUAAUAGUCCACCUUAGAAAUAACCUUUAUUAGCGCCUCAUAAUGUCCAAAAUGUUGUCUUAAAACUUAUGGAAACCCUAAAGAAUGAUAUGUAUAUUUUAUAUUAAAAGAAAUAAUUACAAUUGAACACUCCAGGGCACUUACCUUUUCCCAUAUGAUUGGUGGGUGGGGAGAGGCACUGCACUUUGGCUACUCUGACAAGCUUAACAUUAAAGAAGAAAUACCCCUUUAUGUACAUUACUAUACUGUACUGUAUUACACCCAGUGCCGGAUUCAGGAGUGGGCAAAGUGGGCAGCUGCCCAGGGGCCUCC